CCAACUCCAAGCAAGCAUAUGAGUUUGACGACGGUCUCCCGGGACCCUAGAGAACGCAAACGAAAUCAAAAAGGCGCUAAGCGUUUUGGGCAAGCAACCGUAUAUUCUUCAUUUUCUUUUUAUCCAACGACUACGUUCCCAUUUCCUAUCAAGCGCAACUCUCCUCUUCCAGAGUUAUUCUCUUCAUUUCUUCGCAGAAAUGAACAAAGUCCUCUUGUUCCAUUCUUUGUAACAAUCGGUUUCAUUCUUCUGCUACUAAUUUUUCUUAAUAUUGAUUCAUUCUGUUAACGAAAACUGCAAAUUUGAUGGCUAUGUGUAAGCGUAGUGUUCAAUUAGGGCUGAAUGCUGCGUUUCAUUUCACCAAGUUUCGAUCUAUCAAUUCAUCUUCAACUUCUUUUGCUAAUGGAUUUGAGUACAGACAGAUAUCUCAGCUCGUUAACUCUAAUGUAAAGCGCGCGUUUCUCGUUGAUACAUUGGCUCUGGUGAGAGGUUUGGAAGCGCAAGGUGUGCCUUCGAAGCAGGCUGAGGCGAUAACUGCUGCUAUCACUGAAGUGUUAAACGAUAGCUUGGAAAAUGUGGCGCAUUCUUUUGUUUCCAAGGCUGAAAUGCAAAAGAGUGAAAUGAUUCAAGAAUCAAAUUUGUCAAAGUUCAAGUCUGAAGUACAGAGUUCUCAGGAGCAUCAUUUUUCUUUGUUGCAACGUGAGACUGAAAAACUACGGAGCGACAUAGAUAAAAUGCGCAGUGAACUGAGGUAUGAAAUUGACAAGGUCACGGCUGGGCAGCGUUUGGAUUUAAAUCUUGAAAGAGGGCGAAUACGCGAUGAGCUUGCUAAUCAGAAUGCAGAAACCACCAACCUCACAAACAAGCUUGACCGGGAAAUUCAUGCAUUAAGAGCACAGUUGGAAGCGGCAAAGUAUGAUGUGAUUAAAUACUGCAUAGGUACCCUUGUUUCAAUAUCUGCAGUUGGGCUUGCUGUCCUCCGGAUCUUGUUGUAGUUAUUCUUUUACUUGGGUGAUGAAUGUUAAAAUUUCUCUAAGAAUGCCAAUUUCAUUCUUUCCUGUGGAAACCGUUGCCUGAUAAAAUUAAAAAAAAACAAAAAAGGGUACCAUUGUUUGAUAGCUAUUCCUUUUGAAAAGAGGCAAACCCACGUGAUUAGAACAGAUAUCAGUUUAACUAGGGAAUGAAGCACAUUUUGUUUUGUGCAACUCUAUUCUCAUGGUAGGGUCACUCAUCUCCAUUAUGGAGAAUCAAAAGUAAUGAUGAUGGUGAAUUAAUGUGCUCUAGGAAUAUUUCUGUACCCUUCGAAAUAUAAAUGGCAUGCAAUAGGCCCACCAUGAAGUGUCUGCUGUAGGACAGUAGGAGUUGACGCUAUAUGGAAGAAUACAGGGAAGAAGUUUUCAUUAGCUGAGAGAUUGUCACAUAUUUUUUAAUUGUUGCUAGUAUUGGCAAUCCAAAGCUUUCAUUAUUGUGGUCUGGCUAAUUGUUCAUGCAGGAUGAUCCUGUGCGCAUGUAUGGUUGAUUUUCUAUUGUUGGCUUAGCAUUCAUGUGUUGCAAAUAACAACAUAACCUAUGGCUCAUGGUUAAGGAUCUGUGAUUGUUGCUCUU